AUGGCGCUUAGUAAACCCAUGGAAAUGCUAGCAGCGGCCAUCGCUGCGGGUUGUGGUGGAUUUCUCUCCACAAGUAUUCUGUAUCCACUCGAUACUAUUAAGACACGAAUGCAGUCUGACACUCCUUUGCUGCCCAAGGAUGAUGACAAGACAACUACUUUUAACAAGCAUUUAACGCUAGUUAAGUCGUUGUAUCAAGGUGCUGCCAAAGAAUGGCAAACCCCAAAGCACGAUCACAAAUCUGGGCAUUGGCUACCUCAGCGAGCUGUGCCAUCUGCCAAUCACAAUGCCAAUGCAGCUACAAUUCAAUAUACGAUUUUUGAGCGACUCAAAAGUAUAUACUUGCGCAAGUAUGAUGUGGCAUCACAAACACUUGGCGCGCUAGAGGCGUUUGUGCUUGGAGCUCUUGCGCGGUCAAUCGCGACACUGACGCUGUUUCCGUAUAUUCGAGCGAAGGUGCUGAUGCAAGUGAAUAAGACGCAGAUAGCUGCGACUCAGCUCAUCCGAAAUCAAACGGACACAUGUGCUGAGUCUGGCAAAGAGACCAUCAUGUCGACGCUGUUGCGCGUGUACUCAGAAGAGGGUCCAUUAGCUCUCUACCGGGGUCUUGGGCCAGAGAUUACCAGGGGGGCACUUUCGUCAGCACUGAUGCUUAUGAUUAAGGAAAAGAUUCAAAUGUACAUUACGCUGCUUAUAAUUGUUGCCAAUUCGUCGUAG